AUGGGGAGUCUUUAUACGAGGCUUGGGAAAGGUUUUAAACAUUUACAACGUCAAUGUCCUCACCAUGGUGUCCCAGAUUGGUUGCUUGUGCAAACUUUUUAUAAUGGUCUGAAUGAAUCUGUUAGGAUCACUAUAGAUGCUGCUGCAGGAGGUGCUAUAAUGGGUAAAACUACUGAGGCACCUAAUAAUGAUCCAUACUCCAAUACUUUUAAUCCUGGAUGGAGAAACCAUCCUAAUUUCUCUUGGAGGAAUCAAGGACAACAAAAUGCUAAUGUUAACUCACAAAUUCCACCUGGUUUCCAUCAAAAACAACCCCAACAAGAAAUUAGACCAUCUUGGGAACUAGCUAUUGAAAAAUUAGCUAAUGCUACUUCUGAAAGAAUUGAAAAGUUGGAAACUAAAGUUGAUCAGAUUGCUAUUUCUAAUAGAAAUGUAGAACUUCAACUUGGACAGUUAGCUAAUGCCAUCAAUUCUAGAAGUCAAGGAGCUUUGCCUAGUAACACUGAAGUUAAUCCUAAACAACACUGCAACGCUGUCACUCUUAGAAAUGGUAAGGAGUUAAGUAUCAUAAAAAGUACGAUUAAAGAAAAUGAGGUCGCCAAUGAAAGUGAAAAAGAGAAGGAGAAUUAUGAAGCUGAAAAAGAACCUGAAUCGACACCUCUUCCCCCAUUGAGACCUUAUGUUCCCCCUAUUCCUUUUCCACAAAGACUUAAACAAACUAAAUUAGAUAGUGAAUUUGAGAAAUUCUUGAAAAUGUUUAAGCAAUUACAUAUUAACAUUCCUUUUAUUGAUGCUUUAAUGCAAAUUCCUUCUUAUUCUAAGUUUCUUAAGGAAAUUAUGUCUAAAAAGAAGAAGUUGGAAAAAUAUGAAACCAUUGCUUUGAGUGAGGAAUGUAGUGCUGUGAUUCAGAAAAAGCUUCCCCCUAAACUGAAAGACCCAGGAAGUUUUUCUAUUCCUUGCACUAUAGGUGAUAUUAAGUUUUCUAAAGCCUUGUGUGAUUUAGGUGCAAGUGUCUCUCUUAUGCCUUUAUCUAUUUGCAAGAAGUUAGGAUUGCAUAAUAUAAAAUCUACCACUGUCUCUUUGCAACUUGCUGAUAGAUCUAUCAAAUAUCCAAUAGGAAUACUAGAAAAUGUGCUAAUUAAAGUUGAUAAAUUUAUUAUUCCUGUUGAUUUUAUUAUUCUUGAUAUGGAUGAGGAUGUGGAGAUACCAGAGACUAUAAUGAAGAUAAGUCUCUUAUGCAUAUUACCUGCUACUUCCUUCUACUGUGUGCUGUUGUGUGCUGCUGCUACAAGCUACUGUAUCACCAUUAUCACAAGAGUAGCUAGCUCGCUGCCACUCUCUUACUGCAUAGCACUUGAGACGUCGUCUUGCCCCAGGCAAAUUCCAUUAGCUUAA